AUGGUUACAAAACAAAAAUUACAGAGUAAUCCUGAUAUCAAGUUGGUGGGUACAGGAGGAGUGGAAAAAGAGAAACAAACAUGUAUCAUCCUACUCGUGGCGGUGUUCGCGGUGGCCUCGAUCCUAAAAUUUAGUUGGGAUGAUGUCAAGGUUGAUAAGCAUCGAGAGAAUUAUCUUGGACAUAGUAUCAAGGCCUCUGUUGGAAGAUGGCAGAAAGGGAAGGAUCUACACUGGUACACUAGGGAUAAGAAUUCUAAGGGUUCAGAUGCUGAUGCUCUAAAAGAAGAGAUAAAACGAGUUAAGGAAGAGGAAGAACAAUUGAUGAGGGAGGCUCUUGGCUUAGCUCCUAAGCGUUCUACUCGACCACAAGGUAAUCGACUAGAUAAGCACGAGUUUUCAGAGCUUGUGAAACGCAGCUCUACUGCAGAUGACCUGGGUGAAGGGCAUUCUGAAGCGGCAAGGGUUGAUGGUCUCGGUUUCUCACGAAUGCCCCGUCCUUGGGAAGACCCAAUUACUCUUCAAUCUGGUACAUCAGAAGUUUCAUCAGCUAUGUUAAAGCCAGAUAUAACCAGUUCCUCAACAAGAAACGCUGGAAAAGAUGAGUCAAAGGACGAGAGCCUGCAAAAGAAAAGGAGGCGUGAAGAGAAGCGGGAAGAGAAGAAACGUGAUAAGCGUGAAAAACAUGAGAAGCGGCAUUCUCGUGAUUCAGAUGACAAGAGAAAGCGCAGGAAAGAUAAGGAGAAAAGAAGACACGAUUCGGAUUCAGAUUGAGAUUAAACAUGUAUGUGAGAAGUUGUAUCACUGGCACUGCUGCGCUUGAUGUUGAGUACAGAGUACUCCCUUUUCCCUACCUUUCAUGAAACCAACUGUGUCAUUGUAGCUUAAUAUAAUCUCAUUUUGGCUGUGGACAA